CCGCUCCGCCAUCACUCCCCUUUCCCAACCGGAAAAACGAGAAAACAGAGAGAGCUCAUUUGCCGAAGGCCGAAGCAAACCAAGCCAAGAAAUGGCGCGCUACCACCCCACCUCCAUCCACGACGACAUCGAGGCCGGCUUCUCCGGCCACUCCGCCUCCCCCGUGAAGCCCGCGGCGUCGCCUCGGCGGCCCGGCGGCCGCCUCUUCUGCGACCCGUGCGACGACGCCGACGACCUCCUCGGCCACCACCACUACCUCGACAUCUGCUUCCGCUGCCGGAGACCCCUCGGAGGAAACAGAGACAUCUUCAUGUACAGAGGUGACAUGCCCUUCUGCAGCGAGGAGUGCAGGCAGGAGCAGAUCGAGAUCGACGAGGCGAGAGAGCAGAGAUCGAAGCAGACGGGGAGGGCAGAGCAGGAGAGGCAGAGGCAGCAGAAGGCGAGCCACCCGAGGAUCCCGGUCUGGGCAUGGUAAACAAUUUUGGUCACGGAACAGUAGAUCUUAGAGAAACUCAAGAACCGAAAAAACGAGGAGGAGAUCGAGAGACAGCUUGUCCAUGACCGUGUGUGCGGAUGGAGAAAGAUCCAGUCGAGCGCACGCGGAUCAAACAGUUCCACGGGAACGAAAGCCAAGCCCGGGGAAGCAGAAGCAAACCGGCUGCGUCUUUCUUUUCGCGAUGAAAUUGUUCGGUUCCUUCCUCCUGAUCUCCGCAACAAGGAGAUGAGGAGUCAAUUUGGUGUGUGAAUUUUACUUUCUUGGCACGGUUGCAAAUUCGCAAAAAAAUAUGGUGCGUGCGUGCAGCCGGUGCAGCGUUUUGUGUCAUUGUGUGUGUGCUUGUAAUGCAACCUGUUGAUAUGGAAAAAGUGAGUGGCGUAAAAAGCUCUCUCCGAUUUCUCAUUA